AUGGCUGAAAACAAAGAACCAAUUAAGAUAAAGUGCGUUAUUGUUGGUGAUGGUAGUGUUGGUAAAACUUGCAUUCUCCUUAGCUAUACAAAUGAUUAAUUCCCUACUGAUUAUGUCCCUACGAUUUUCGAUAAUUACAGUGCUACUGUUAAGGUUGGUGAUGAAAUGAUUAACCUUGGUCUAUGGGAUACUGCAGGUCAAGAAGAUUAUAAUAGAUUGAGACCAUUGAGUUAUCCUUAAUCAGAUGUUUUCCUAAUUACUUUCUCAGUCGUAGAGCCUGCUUCCUUUGAAAAUGCUCUUAAAAAGUGGUAUCCUGAAUUAGAAGAAAAUGUGAAGAAUGUCCCUAAAAUAUUUGUUGGAAACAAAAUUGAUUUAAGAGAUGAAAAUAUGGUUAAAAGUACUGGUAAAGAUGCACCAAUCAGCUAUUAAGCAGCUCAAAAGAUCAUUUCAGAAUUAAAUUGCAAAUAUGUUGAGUGUUCUGCUUUAACUUAAAAAGGUCUUAAGAAUGUUUUUGAUUAAGCUAUUAGAAUUGCUUUGGCAAACAAGAAAAAAACACCAAGAAAACCCUAAAAUAGAUGUGUCUUAAUAUGA